AAGUGUGCGCCGGAUGCUGCGAGAGCUGUGGCGCGCGCACGAUUAUUUCCCAGCAUUCCUUUCUCUCUCUUCCUCUUUCCCUUUCGGCGACAAUGUCUAAGAGAGGACGUGGUGGGUCAUCGGGAGCCAAGUUCCGUAUUUCACUGGGUCUCCCAGUGGGAGCAGUCAUCAACUGUGCUGACAACACAGGUAUGAGAUCUGCCCGUAUUUGGGCAAGUUAUCCUUCUUGGUUAGCAGACCUGAAUAAUAAAUCCCAUUGCUUUUGGGUGAGAUGGCAGUCGCCAUGUGCUGUUAAAUCUCAAUCCGUGAUGGAACAUUUUUCAUCUCGUCUUGAAAUUUGUCAUUUUAACUUAAUGUUCUGGAUUUUGCUCAGGUGCAGUGCUGAAUUGUUUUUGUUUUCUUUCAUAGGCUCAGCUAUCACAGGACCCGUGGCCAAGGAAUGCGCAGACCUGUGGCCCAGGAUUGCUUCCAAUGCUGGUAGCAUUGCCUGAGCGCAAAUGUGGCUUGUCGUUUUCAAUAAAAUCCUCAAAGUUUA